CCCAGAAUCGCACCCUUCUCAUCUCGUCUGCAGUUCCUCUCUCUCCCUCUCCCUCUCUCUCUGUGAAUUAUAUUCUCCUAUUAAUAGACAUUCGAAUCUAUCUAUAUAUUAGAGAAAGAAUGCCAGUUCCAGUUCUCCCGGUCCCGGAGAAAGCCCUUCAAGGAUUUCACCUUACCGGACGACCGGAAUCGCCAGCCCCGUCUCCCAGAAGGUUGGAGGGAAAGGUCACGAUUGUGACGGGUGGAGCUCGAGGGAUUGGGGAGGCUACGGUCCGAUUAUUUGCCAAGCAUGGCGCCAAGGUAGUUAUCGCGGACGUUGAGGACACCCUGGGGGACGCGCUUGCGAGCUCACUGGGCCCCUCGGUCACCUACGUCCACUGUGAUGUCAGCUCUGAGGAGGAUGUCGAGAACCUCGUGAACUCGACCGUGUCCCGGUACGGUCGCCUGGAUGUGCUCUUGAACAAUGCCGGGGUCCUUGGGAACCAGACCAAGAAGAGCAUUAUCGACUUCGACCCCAUUGAGUUCGACCGAAUCAUGCAGAUCAAUGUGAAGGGAACCGCCCUUGGGAUUAAGCACGCUGCCCGUGUCAUGAUCCCAAGGGGCGGCGGGUGCAUCAUCUCCAUGGCAAGUGUAGCGGCAGUGAUGGGAGGCCUCGGUCCCCACACAUACACGGCCUCGAAGCAUGCCAUCGUGGGGCUCACCAAGAACACCGCCUGCGAGCUGGGCCGAUAUGGUAUUAGGGUCAACUGCAUCUCGCCCUUUGGGGUCGCGACCUCGAUGCUAGUGAAUGCGUGGAGGACGGGCGAUGACGAGGAUGACUGCAUGAGCUUCGGUGUCCCUGAUGAACAGGAGGUCGGGAAAAUGGAGGAGUUUGUCAGAGGGCUCGCGAACCUUAGCAGCACCAUCCUCAGGCCGAGGGACAUCGCCGAGGCGGCCCUCUACCUUGCAAGCGACGAGUCCAAGUACGUUAGCGGCCACAAUCUUGUCGUGGAUGGUGGAGUCACGACCGCGAGGAACUGUGUAGGCCUUUGAUUGUCAUUUAAUUCCUUUCUGGACCUUUUAUGGUAAAAAUUGUUAGGAAUGCAUGUAAUUGAUUAGAUAAAAUUCUUGCAAGCAUAAAAUUUUCAUUCAAUUCAUGCAGCAUUUCAUUUGGCUCGUUAAGUAGCCAAUUUUUACUUUACAAUAUAUGAAUUUCUUGCCAUUUUCAUGAAAUUAAGGAGAUGACUAAUCCUGAUGGAAAGGAACAUCUAAUACCAAAGUAAGUUGGUUGAAA